AUGGAAGAGGGCUCAGUACAACCCGAUGAAACAAUGACUGAGCAAUUUACAAUUGAGGAAAUGUAUGAAGUUGGUCAUGGCGACAAAAUUUUCUGUUCUUUCGACUUUUCUGAAAUGAAAGCGGAAGAUUAUGAAAGAUUUUUCCAUCCAUUACCCAAUUUAAUAUACAAGAAAGUUGAAGGCGUUAGAUUUUCAUGCGAUCUUCUCAUGAAAGAGGAAAGAAGCCUGAACAAGAAUAGACAUAACCAAGAAAUUAUUUCAAAAUCAAUGCAUACGUUAAAACCGAAUUAUUUAAAUUAUUUGUUCAAAAUCUUAGGAAUUGUACUUCCCAAAUCAAAGACAUUGAAAAUUCUUCAAAUUUCAAAUAUGAAAAUUCCAAGACAAGCAAUUGACGAGCUAUUCGAUGCAUUACACGUCUGUAAUAACACUGUUGAUGUCUUGAGAAUCGACCAUGUUCCUCUAGAACCAAUUGCAAUCAGAGAUAAUCUUCAAAAGAUUUCACCUUAUCAAUUCAAAUCCAUUGAGAUGAAGGAUUGCGACUUAGAUCCAAAUCACGUUGAAUCUUUCCGUCAAUUCAUCUUACAAGAACCUAAAUCUCGCAAAGAUACAAGGAGAUUAGAACAGCUUAUUCUUGAUGGUAAUAAUAUUCCAAAAGAGCAAUGCCGAGAAUUACAAAAGCUUGUUUCAACAGCCAAAGAUGAUUGGGACAACAAUCAGCAAUGGUAUGGAAAUGAAACACCAGAAGAACGCCUUGCCCGUCUCGAACGCGAGCGAUUAGCCAAGAAGCGCGCAAUGGAAGAAGAAAAGCGCAGAAAGGAAGAAGAAGAAAGAAAGAUGCUUGAAGAAAUUAAGCGUCAAAAGAAAGCAGAAGAAGAAAAGUGCAGACAAGAAGAAGAGAAGCGUAGAAAGGAAGAAGAAGCAAGACGUCAAAAAGAAGAAGAGGAAAAACGCAAGAAAGAGGAAGAAGAAAGAAAGAGAAUUGAAGAAGAAAAAAGACAAGCCGAAGAAAGACAAAAACGUCGCGAAGAAAGAAAACGACGUGAAGAAGAAAAGCGCAGACAAGAAGAGGAAGAAAAACGUCGCCAAGAAGAAGAAAAACGCAAACAAGAAGAAGAAAUAAAACGUAAACAAGAAGAAGAAAAACGAAAGAAAGAAGAAGAGGAAAAACAGAAGAAAGAAGCUGAAGAAAAGCGCAGACAAGAAGAGGAAGAAAAACGUCGCCAAGAAGAAGAAAAACGCAAACAAGAAGAAGAAAUAAAACGCAAACAAGAAGAAGAAAAACGAAAGAAAGAAGAAGAGGAAAAACAGAAGAAAGAAGCUGAAGAAAAACGCAGAAAAGAAGAGGAAGAAAAGCGUCAAAAAGAAGCAGAGGAGAAACGCAAGAAAGAAGAAGAGCUUAAGAAGAUGGAAGAAGAAAAGAAGAAGAAACAAGAAGAGCUCAAACGAAUUGAACAAGAAAAGCAGAGAUUGGCAGAAGAAGCAAAGAAAGCGGAAGAAGAAAGGAAACAAAAAGAAUUAGAAGAAAAGAAGAGAAGAGAUGAAGAGCUCAGAAAACAAAGAGAAGAAGAAAGAAGAAGACAACAAGAAGAAGAUGAAAGAAGAAGAAAAGAAGAAGAACUCCUCGCAAAACAAAGAGCUCUUGAAGAAGAAGACGCAAAAAGAAGAAAACAACAAGAAGAAGAACAAAAAAGACUUGCUGAAGAAAUAGAACGUCGUAGAAAAGAACUCAAAGAAGAAGACAAACAAAGAAAGAACGCAAUCGAACAGCAAAGACUCGCAAAUGAAGCAGAGUUGGAAGAAAAGAAGAAACAACUCGAAAAAGAAGACAAAGAAAGAAAAGAAAAAGCAAAGAGAGAUGAAGAAGAAAGAAAAAGAAUUGCUGAUGAACUCGAGAAAAAGAGACAAGAACUUGAAAAAGAAGACCAAGAAAGACGUGAAGAAGCAAAGAAGAAGGCAGAAGAAGCUAAACUCGAAAGAAGAAAGACAAUGGCUGAUUUGGAAAGACAAAAACGUCAAUUGGAACAAGAAGCAAAAGAAAGAAGAGAAAAAGAAGAGAAAGAGGAAGAAGAAAGAAGAAAGAAAUUGGCAGAUGAAGAAAAAGAACUUCGUGACAAACUUGAAAAAGAAAAAGCAGAAAGAAUGAAACAAUUGGCCGAUGAAGAAGAAGAAAGAAGAAAGAAACUUUCAGACGAAGAAGCAGAAAUCAGAAGAAAAAUGGAAGAACAAAGUGCAGAAGCUCGAAAGAAACUCCAAGAAGAAUUGGACCAAAAGAAGAAACAACAUGAAGAAGAUGAAAGACUUCGUAAACAAAAAGCUGAUGAAGAAGAAACAGAAAGAAAGAAGAAACUCGAGGACGAACUCGAAAAACACAGAAAACGUCUGGAUGAAGAAGAAAAACAAAGAAAAGAAAAAGCCAAAAAAGAAGACGAAGAAAGAAUGCGAAAGAUAGCUGAAGAAGAAGAGAAAAGAAGAAAAGAAGAUGAAAAAAGAAAGAAAGAACUCGAAGAAGAAGAAAAAGAACGCAAGAGAAAACAAAAAGAAGCAAUGGAAAAACUCGAUGAAGCAGAAAGAGAACUUGAAAGACUUCGUGAUCAGCAUCAAAAGGAAGACCAAGAAAGAAAGAAGAAGUUACAAGAAGAAGAAAUGAAAGCUGAACAAGCAAGAAAGAAACGUCAGGAAGAAGAAGACAAAAUGAUCGAAGAUUCAAGGAAAAAACGUGAAGCUCUUGAAAAACUUGUUGAAGAAGCAAGAAAACUUCGAGAAGGCGAAGAAAGAAUGGCGGAAGAAGCAAGAAAGAAACGUGAAGAAGAAGAUAAAGCGAUGGAAGAAAGAAAACAACAAAAACUUGAAGAACUCGAGCGAAUUGCAGAAGAAGCACGAAAGAAACGUGAAGAAGAAGCUAGACAAGCAGAAUUAGAAAUGAAGAAACGCCGCGAAGAAGAAGAAAAAGAACAUGAAAAGGAAAGACAAAAGAAGAUUGAUGAAGAAAAUAAAUUACUUGAACAAAGAAGAAAAAUGCGUGAAGAAGAAGAAAAAGCAGCAGAAGAACUUAAACGAAAAAUUGCACAAGACAUGGCAUUAUCUGAACAAAAACGUAAAGAGUUGGAAGAACAACAAAAGAAAUCCGAUGAAGAACGUCGUAAAAAACGAGAAGAAGAAGACAGAAAAGCAGAAGAAGCACGUCGUAAACGCAAAGAACAAGAAGAAAAAGAAGCAGAAGAAAGACGUCAAAGAUACGAAGAAGAACAAAGACAAUUCGAAGAAGAUAAGAAGCGAAGAGAAGAAGAAGAACAGAAACAACAAGAAGAAAGAAGAAAACACUUCGAAGAACUCGCUGCACAACUUGAAAAACGAUCCAAACAAAAACUCGAAGAUGAAAAGAACGCAUUAGAAAAUCUUAGAAAGAAAUUCGCAGAAGAAGAAGCAGCUGAAGAAGAAAGACGUAAAAAGCGCGAACGAGAAGACAAAGAAGAAGACGAAGAACGAAGAAAGAGACGUGCAAAAGAAGAUGCAGAAUGGGAAGCAAGAAGACAACGAAGAAUGCAAGAAGAUGCUGAAGAAGAAGAGGCGAGAAGACGAAGAAGAGAACAAGAAGAAAAAGAAGAUGCAGAACGAAGAAGAAGAAGAGAAUUGGAAGAAAAGGAAGCAGAAGAAAAACGAAAGAAACGUGAACAAGAAAAGGCAGAAGACAAAGAAAGAAGGAGAAGGAAGAAAGAAAAGGAAGAGAAAGAAGAUGCUGAAAGAAGAGCAAGAAUCGCACAAGAAGAAAAAGAAGCUGAAGAAAGACGUAAGAAACUAGAACAAGAAGAGAAAGAAGCUGAAGAAAGAAGAAGACAAAGAGAACAAGAAGAACUUGAAGCAGAGAUAAGACGUGAAAAAGGUGAGAAAGAAGCGGAAGAAAGACGUAAAAAGAUGAUCGAAGAAGCAGAAAAUCUUCUUAAACAAGCUAAAGAAGAAGCAGAAAAGAAGAACAGAGAAGCAGAAGAAGCCAGAAAACGUAAAGAAGAAAUGGAUGCAGAGUUAGAACGAAAGAAGAAAGAAGCAGAAGAAGCAGAGAAAGAAACACAAAGAAAGAGAAAAGAGGCAGAAGAAGAAGCGAAGAAGCUCAAAGAAGAAGCCGAGAAACUUGCAGAAUUAAAACAAAAACAAGCAGAAGAAGAGGCUGAAAAGAAACGAAGAGAAGCUGAAAUCGAAGCCGAAAAGAAGAGAAAAGAAGCCGAAGAAGAAGCAGAACGAAAGAAGAAAGAGGCGGAAGAAGAAGCCGAAAAGAAGCGAAAAGAAGCAGAAGAAGAGGCAAGAAAGAAGAUGGAAGAAGCCGAGGAAGAAGCUCGUAGAAAGAAAGAAGCCGCAAAGGAAGAAAGACGUCGUAAGAAAGCAGAGGCAGAAGCCGAAGCAGAAAGAAAGCGAAAAGAAGUCGAAGAAGCAGAAAAAGAAGCCCAAAGAAAGAAGGAAGAAGCAGACAAACUUCAAGCAGAACUAGAAAAACUGCGCGCGCAAAAGGAAGCAGAAGCUGAAGCAGAACGUCAACGCGAAAGACUUCGAAAGAAACAGGAAGAAGAAGAACGAAUGCGUGAAGAAGAAAGGAGAUUAGCCGAAGAAGCAGAAAAGAGAAGACAAGAAGAGGAAGAACGUAGAAGACGAGAAAUAGAAAUAUUGACAUUGGAAGAAGCAGAACCAACAAAAGUCGAUGACCAAGAAUAUGACGAAGAUGUUCAGAUCAUCGAAUACGUCUCAGACUACAAAUACGUUUACGACGAAGAUGAAAACGAGCAAGAACAAGUUGAAGAAGAAAAACCAAAGAAACAAGAAGAAAAAACAACAAAAUCAGAAGAAAAACCUAAAAAACAUGAUGAUAAACAACAAAAAGCUCAGAAACAGACUGAAAAUAAAGAAGAAAAACAGCCUGUAAAAGUUAGAUCUUUGUUUGAUGAGGCUAAAGAAGAAGUAGCAAAAGUUGGGAAGUCAACAAAAGCAGCAAAGAAUGAUAAAUCUCUUCCUAAACCUCAGAUUUCAUCUGAUUCCGACUCUGACUCAUCCGAGUAUACUUACGAAUAUGAAUACGAAUCUGUGUAA